GCGCGACGCUCAGUCAAGCUAUCGAGCUCAAGCCGGUGGUUGCUAUACAGCUUCAUCCCUCUCUCUCGCUCUCUGCCUCUCUGCCUCUCUGCCCUUUGUUAGGUCGAUGCAUUGCUAGGUCUGCAUCGACAAAUAUAUUUUGUCCACUCGCCGUGAGAUUAAUCGAUAGUUUUAUGCACACUAUCCGACAAUACUAACAUUUUUAUCGCCCUCGCCUUUGAACGUACGUAAUUUCGGAUCGGAAUAGGUUUCGGCGAGGAAAAACGAAAUCGCGCCAAGUAAAGCUCGGUAUGAAGUAAUUUUUUUUUUUUUUUUUACCACGAUCAAAAUGAAAGGCAACGAGUACAGUAAGAAUGCUUACGCGUCUUCGUGCAGCUUCGGAGAAACACCUCAUCAUCGCAAGCUUCAAGUUUGAAAAAAUUCCGAGCAAGUUUUGUAAGUCCAAGUUUGUAGCUUAUAUUCUUCUAGAAGCUAUUCAUACUUUCAGAGAAAUGAUUCCGAAGUAUUUGAUUCUUCGAGUGGUAUUGCUGUGGUGCUUGGUGAACAUCACACAAGUCCGGGCUCAUUGCGAACAGAAAUGGGACGAUAUUAAAGGUCCACACGAAGUAGCUGAAACUUAUCGCAUUCACCUAAUGAAAAUCAACUUAACGGAUGAAUAUAGAAGUUUUAUGCCUUCAACCAAGUACCAAAUUUUCGUGAAAGACGAUUACGGCGAGACUUUCACACGUUUCUUCUUGACCGUGGAGAACGAGGACAAAAUAUUACCCGCCGGUACUUUGGAACUUUACGACGAGCAAGUGUCAAGAUUUUCGCAGGACUGUCCGGACUCGAUAAUUCAAGUGUCUCAAGUAGCCAAGGACAACGUGUCGGCGUAUUGGACGAGUCCCGGCGAAGGCAACGGAUGCGUCAUAUUCCGAGUCUCGAUAAUGGAAACGCCAUCCAAGUGGUACAUGGACGGCACGUUGGAGCAGAAAUUCUGUCAGGAUCCGAAGGCGAAGAUCGACGAGCCGGGACCGGUGCUGGCCGAGUGUUGCGCCUGCGACGAGGCCAAGUACGAGCUGGCCUUCGAGGGCCUCUGGUCGCGAUACACCCAUCCGCGCAGCUUCCCCACCAAGCCCUGGAACGCGCGCUUCUCCGACGUCAUCGGGGCCUCGCACACCAACGCCUACCGUUUCUGGCAGCUCGACGUGCCGGCCAGCGACGGCAUGAAACUCGUGGCCGAGAACGGCAACACGCGUCUUCUCGAGUCCGAGCUCAAGAAUCAGAGCGAGCACAUCAGGACAAUCAUUAAAGCUCGAGGAAUCAACUUUCCAAACAUCACUAGCAAGACAUUUGCUGUCUUCCGAGUCGAUCAACAGCAUCAUCUUGUGUCGGUUGUUUCAAUGAUCGAUCCAUCCCCAGAUUGGUUUUUGGGAGUUUCCGGACUGGAGCUGUGUUUGGAUAACUGUUCCUGGGUCGAUCAGAAACAACUGAAUCUUUACCCAAUCGAUGCCGGCACCGAUAACGGUCUAUCUUACGAGGCAUCGGACUCGCCAACGGAACCGCGAGACGUUAUCAGACGCAUAACGAAUACUUGGCCGGCGGACGAGCGCUCGCCCUUUUACGACGAGUCGGCCAUCGACAUGAAGCCCAUGGGCCGGCUAUAUCUCAAGCGUCAACGCAUUUACGAAAAGCACUGCGAUCGUCUCGACGUGACCGAGAGCAGCGAAGGUGAUACCGAAGCCGAUGCUAAUAGUGAAACCGUUGACAAUCGUAAAGCUUGCCGUGUCGGCGAGUGGGGCGAGUGGACAAACUGUUCGGUAACGUGCGGCGUUGGCAGCCGACUGCGUCAGCGUUACUUCAAAAAUGAACGAUCGGCCAUGAAGCACCAGUGCAACGUAAAACUGACCGACCGGGUGGCCUGCUGGAAUCCCGACAGCUUAGAUUGUCCCGAGGAGGAGCCGGAUCCGGAAUCCUGCGCAUUGACUCAGUGGAGCGACUGGACGCCCUGCACCAAGAGCUGCGGUCGCGAACCCAAGGCACGCGAUCGCAACUAUCGAUUGAAAAAGAAGCGCAAGGAGUGCCGCUACAAGUACCCGCACAUCAAGCUGCAGGAGACGGUCGACUGCGGCAAUCCGGCCUGCGAGACGGACGGCGAGGCGAGCCAAGGAGGCGAAGAAGAGGGCCAAGAAGGAGGAGCCGCCGCCGGCGACGAGCAAACGGUGAGGACCCAAGACGAGUCCGACGAGGCAGGCUCGGAUUCCGACGACAAUGUGGCCGAUGCCACGACUAUCGACAAGUACGGGAGCGAGAACAAUUGGCGGGUCAGAUUCGGUGAGGCGCAACGGCCGCAUCGGCCUCUCAAGUGCGUUGAUGAACAAUACUCGUCGUGGUCAUUCUGGUCGCCGUGCUCGGUCAGCUGUGGUCGUGGAACUAGAAGCCGCUCGAGACAGCUCUUACCAACCCGUUGGCGAACCUCCGAAACGGAAAAAUUACUUUACGAAUGCCAGUACCAGACGACAACUUGUAUCGCUGCUACGGAGUCCUGCGAGCUCGAUAAAGAACAACAGAAAGUCAUAUGUUCUGAGCCAAAAGAAGCGGGUCACUGUGACGAUGGCCACAACGACAAUUCAUUGAGAUACUAUUAUGACAAAACAAAAUUAAAAUGCGUCGUUUUUCACUACACCGGCUGCAAUGGCAACAUGAACAAUUUCAGAACUCUGCAGGAAUGUCAAACUGCAUGCAAUCAAUCACCAUUGGAUAAAUGGAAAAUACACAAUUACAAAGUACAACUGAGCAGUAUUGUCACUUAUAGUGCAAUUAAGAAUAAUCAGGGAAUGGGCGCUUCAGUCACCAACGUCGCCCCUCGUAAUGGCGACAUUAAAAUAUGCGAAGAAAGUAAAGAAAGUACCAAUAAGAAGAGAAAAAAACAGCAGCGUGGAGAAACUAAAAGCAGCAACUACGGAAUGGGAGUUGACUGUCAAAUUUCUGAGUGGAGCAACUGGUCUCCAUGCUACAGUUGCAAAGGCUACAGGACCAUGAGUCGAGACAUAUUGGUUCAUCCACGUAAUGGAGGGAAGCUUUGCCCCACCAAAUUAAUCAGAAGACAAAAAUGUCACAAAGUCAUGCCUGAAUGUGAUACAAAAAAUGAGCGGGCGCUCGAUAAUCGAUCAAAUGUAGAGCUUUCGAAUCUUACUCGCAAAUCUGAAGUCUCUAUCAACUGCCAAGUGAGUCCUUGGGGACCAUGGUCUAGUUGCACCGCAAGCUGCGGUUUUUCUCAACGUCGACGAAUACGAAAUAUCCUCGUAGCUCCUCGAGGUCCAUUUGGACAACUGUGUCCACCACUUGCUGAAAUUGAAACUUGCGUCGUACCAGUUUGCUAAAAAAAUUUCAUUUAUCAAACUUUUUUUUCAUACGGAUCAACGCACACACUCAAUCUACUCCCAUGUAUCUUCAGGAUUGUUAGUCAGACGUUUCUUUGUGUCAUUUUUGAUAUUUUAAUUGCACAAAAUGAACUUGGGAAGACAGUGCCAUGAUUUUGUUCGUAAAAUACCGUUUUCACGUGAAAAAUGUACAUUAUGUUUGGCACACAAUUUAUUUUAUACUUCCAUAUGCUGAUUAUAUUGCGAGUGAAAUAACUACCUGGUUGAAAAAAAUUACGGCGGGAUUUCUAAAUGGAUUAUCCAUUUCGAUUUCAUGUGGAUUCGGUAUGGAAAGUGCAUACUGCAUAGAUUCCACGUAGAAUCAGGGUGGAAUUUUUGUAAAAAGCUACUACGAUUUUAUGAUCAUCUCUUAAAAACUAAAUUCCACGCUCGUAUCCGUUUUCACAGAAUAAUCGACACUUUUCACGCAGAAUCCCCGCAGAAUCUGCGUGGUUAAUCAGCGUAGAAAUCCACGACAUCUUUUCAACUGGGUAUGAGUCUAUAGUUAAAUUAACAAAUUGUAUUGUAUUAUAUGGUAUUGAUAAAAAUUAUUUAUUUGACUCUAUUUUUACAGAAAUAUUGUAAAAUAAAUUUUUUUUAUGUUGAUAAAUUGUAACUUUGUUUAAAGAAAAAUAUAAGUUAAAUGUGUAUUGUGUAACGAGACUAAUCAGUUAAAUGAUAAUAAUCAUGAUUAUUGACAUAAGUAAAUAGAAUAUUUUUUAAUAUCAUUGAGAAACAAAUCAAGCAAAAAGUAAACUUAUCAAAGAUGUCAAACGUUACUAAUAAAAAUGACUAAUAAUCUUAAGUUAUUAUUUUAAUAUAUAUAAUGAAAAAAAU